CCCAUCGGAACGCCUCUCCCGAUAUGAACCUGCUCGUACACUACGCUCCACAUCGAAGGCCCUCCUCCGAGUUCUGUCUCAUAGGGAGGCUCGGAGGACGGUGACAAGAUCUAGGGCCUUCUCAGUGGUGACCCCCGAACUGUGGAACAGUCUCCCCGAAGAGGUGCGUAUGGCGCCGACAUUGCUCUCUUUUCGGUGCCAGGUUAAGACUUGCCUCUUUGCUAUGGUGUUUUAAUACGUAACUCGUUUUAGUUUUAAAUUUUGUUGUAAUUGUUUUUGAUUUAUUGUUUUAUAUAUGUUUAUCCUGUAUUUAUUAUGAGAUCUGAGAUGUUUUGUAUUUUUAUAUUCUGUUGUUCACCGCCCAGAGAGCUAAUGCUAGUCGGGCAGUAUAUAAAUCUAAUAAAAUAAAUAAAAUAAAAAUAAAUAAAAUGAGAUUGCAAAGCAAGGGUAGGAUAAUUCCAGCAUGCAAAGGCAAAGCGGAGUAAGGCCUGAGCGGUCGGCCUGAGCACAGUAUGUGAUCCAAGAGCAGAAUCAGAAGGUGACAGUCCAGGGAUCAGCGACAGAGGAGAUCCAAUCCAUGCAAGGUCAGUCAGGGAUUGCGGUGCUGCAGCAACUGGGAGGCUCAAAGGUAAGACUGACGUUAGCCUGCUGGUGGAAUUUAUAAAGGUGUUUGGAGAGCCCUUCUCAAGGAGCACCUUACUCACUAGGAGUCCUUUACUACUGAGUCACACAGUGCCUUUGGACUCUCCAGGUGUGCACUUAAUGAGCUUGGACAAUUUAAGGGGUGUGCACUCUAGAAGGCUGAGGAUGGGUCGACCUGCCCCUCCGACUCUACUAGCGAUUCAUCUACUGGCACUUGGACUGGAGCUCACUCUGAGGACCCCACAAGAGGAUCUUCUGGAGGUAGCCCUAAAAGGUUUCCCCAGACUCCCACAAACUUUCAAGGCUGGCAAAGGGGGGCCCUGCUUGCUUCCUCAAGCCUUCAGUUGAUGGGAAAUCUGGCCUCUGAAGAGUCAGUAUCUGGCUUUGAAUUGGGGCUGUGCAUGACAAGUCUGGCUGCACUGACUAAUUUCUGAACCAUCUUGUCUGGCCUUCCUCUUUUUCUACUCCCUUCUGUUUUUCCCAGCAUUAUUGUCUUUUCUAUUUUUAUUAUUAAUUUAUUAUUAAAUUUGUUAGUCGCCCAUCUGGCUGGUUGUCCAGCCACUCUGGGCGACGUACAAGAUAAAACAGUACAUAAACAGUUAAAAUUUUUUAAAAACAGUAAAAACUAAUCCGUCCCAAAAGCUUGCCUAAAAAACCAGGUCUUCAGGGUCCGGUGGAAGCUCAUUAUAGACGGGGCAUGGCGUAGAUCAUUAGGGUGAAUCAUGCCUUCCCAUUAUGUGUCCAAAGUAUGAUGACCUCAGUUUUGUCAUUUUAGCUUCUAGUUAUAGUUCUGGUUUAAUUUGUUCUAACACCCAAUUAUUUUUUUUCACAGUCGCAAAGCUCCAAUACCACAUUUCAACUGAGUUGCUUUUUCUCUUACCUGCUUUUUUCACUGUCCAUCUUUCACAUCCAUACAUAGGCCUGCAGUCUUCCAUCACGGCUGGCCUGCAUCCCUCGUUCACCUCUUGCUGUUCCUCUUGAGGCACGUUGCACAGAGAUCUCGAGACUGUCACCCACCCUAACUACUAUACCGCAAGUUUCCCUGAACCUUAUCUUGGACUGACCCCUUGGCAAUUGAACCCGGACCUCUACUGACCUCGCUUCUGGACUUCUGGCUUGGCACGAAAGCAUUCAGAAGCAAAAAGGUAUCCUAGGAAGCGUCUGGUGAUGGGGGAGUUGUGAGGACCAAUUUGCUGUGGACGCUUUGGGUGCAAAAGAUGUCUGAGACCAUCCCUGCUACCAACAGGAGUCCUCUGGAAAAGGAACCUGGCCCACAGCAUCUCAGGCUGGUGAAUGGAAAAUGUGAGAAUCCCAUCCCACUUCUGGAAAGGCUCUCUGUGACCAGGGGCAUUUGGGAGCUUCUUGACAGCCAACCAGGACAAGCCACAGAGCUUCUCUCAGCGCACCCGCCUGGGACAUUUAUUAUCGCCAGACACGCAGCUGGAGGCUUCCGGGAGCUCUUCCUUCAGACUCAGGAAAGCGGGAGUGACGCUGUCUGCUGUUUUCCUAUGAAGGAAGAGAGUUCAGCUGUUUAUUUUGAGGGUUCCCUGCUGCAUUUCAGAGACCUGUUGGAACUGGUCAGCUUCCACCUUGUGAGCAGGGAUAUCCUGCCCUGCCUGCUGAGGAUCCCAGAUGCCAUUCGACUUCCAAAGAAGCCUGAAUUAGAUGCAGUCGCUGCAUUGGGCAUGAAGUUCUGGACAAUGCCCUUUAAACCUGGCAAUGGGCUGACAUUGCCUGAAGUGGAAGAAGGGUCCGUGGGGCUGGACGGAGACCCCCCUGAAUCCAGACAGAUGGCCUGCUCCAUCAGGGUGACAUCUGAGGACAGAGCCCUGUGCAUCAUCAACCCGCUGUUCCUCUCAAUGCACAGCGAUGCCGGCUGGCUUGACCUUGCUUCAAGCUUGUGCCGCUCGAGCACCAGGAGGGAGACUUUGCGGCUCUCAAAUGAUCUGGGGAGCCUCCAAAAGUCUGGCUCAACAGAAGCAGCAUGCAGGAAACAAGGAGCCCAGGAGUGUUUGGAUCGUCAGGACUCUCUAGAGGAGGAGGAGGAGGAGGAGAUGGAGAAAGCCCCCCCAGGUGAUGCUGUGCCCUGCUCUGCCACUGAGCGACAGAAGCUCCUUCCUGACAGCCUUGCCUGGAGCAGUUCCGAAACGGCCUCUGAGGAGGUGCCUCUGUCCCCUGAUCCCCUCCAGAAAGAGAUGAAGUCCCCCCACCGGGUUUCCUGGAUUGAAGGGAUGGCAGCAACGUCCCCUCCAUGCUGGCCUCUGCAAAAGUCCAGUUCCGAACCAUCACUGGUGAGCGAGACCGUGUCGCUGCCUCCCAUUCCUGAGCUAGAUUCGCUUUCUGUCAGCAGCGUGGAAGACGAAGGCAACGGGCUCCCUCUCGCCACUGCCGCUCCUCCCAAAAAGCACCGCCGCUCCUCCUCCAUCUUGACCUAUAAGGUGUUUCAACGCCUCUCCGCCGUGGGCAGCACUCUCAGUGGCUUCCUUUCAGCCGAACACAGAGUAUCCAAGCGGGUGCAAGAGCUGGCCCAGGAUCCGGCCUCCUAUGUCGGAGGUCUGGUGCAAAGCUUUGUGGGGCACAUCCUGCGUGGCGCUGGGACGCGGCACCCCACCAGCACCGACAUGCUACAGGAAAUCCGGCAGAUGAUCAGCAACCUCAAGGGCUAUCUGUGCGAGAGCUCAGAGCUACGCAUGGUCUGCGAACAGAGCGAAGCAGAGGAGGUGGACCUGGGUUCCGUGGUGGAAGCUGUGCUGUACAAAUGCAUGCUUAAGCCGCUCCGGGACUCCACCUACGCCCAGCUGCUGGACUUCCACACCCGCGACGGGACUCUGGAGAAGCUGCGUGAGCACCAGGCCACCAUGAGGCGGCAGAGCCUGGCCGAGCUAGGCGUCACAGCCAGAGUGCCCGACGGGUCCGGCCUGGAGCGUAUCCAGUCCAAGCUGAGUCUGAUGCACCAGGCUUACUCGCCCAAGAAGAAGGCGACGCAGAUGCUCCAAGUCUGCACGAUGCUCUACGAAGCCAUGAACCAGACCGCUGGCAGGACAGAGCCUUUUGGGGCUGACGAUUUCCUGCCAGUGUUGAUCUACAUGCUGGUGAAGUCCGAUGUGGUGUCGGUGCAAUUGGACGUGGAGUAUAUGAUGGAACUGAUGGAUCCCAGUCAGCUGCAGGGUGAAGGCGGUUAUUACCUCACUACCUGGUUUGGGGCCCUUUACCACAUUGAGAACUUCCAGCCAGCUGCCAUGGUGUCGCGGCAAAUCAGUAUUGAGGCCCAGCGUUCCAUCCACCAGUGGCAUCGGCGACGGACCAUCCACCCCCACCAAGCUAACCGGCGUCAUUCACAGAACAUCCUCUACGUCUCCUUCUGCGAACCUUUCAGCAACCAGAAGGCCAUCUCCAUUCCCGCUGACAUGACAACGGCAUCCAUGUGCACGGUGUGUGCCGAGAAGUAUGCCAUCUCCGAUCCUGGGGCCUACGGCCUUUUCUUGGUGUCAGGUGACUCCUCUCAACUCUUGGCCGAGGACAGUUGCCCUCAGAGACUCCGCUUGGAUAUCCUCCAGUCCAAAGGGGGCCCUGUGAGUUUUGUUUACAAGCCCAAAGAUGGGGUGCUCCUUAUUCCUCCUUCUCUCCAGAACCCCAACAGCUUGGCUGAGGCCCAAGAGUCCCUUGAAAGUCUGGACGCAGGUCCACUGGAGGCGGAUUGAAUACCAAUCUCAGAACUUUCUAGAAACUUCCUUGAGGGUCAACCAAGAUUCUGGGUUUCUGACUUGGCAGAAACGUUCGAAAAAGCGGAGAGAUUUGGGAAUAAAAUCUCAGCCAGGAAGAGGCUCGAACAAGAAGGCCUCUGUCCUGGAGUAUGAGUAAAGGUCAGGGUGGCUGUUCUUUUUCUUCACACGGAAGCCUGUAAGGAUGCUGGGGCUGCCUUUUCCUACUGGUGUUGUCCUCCUAGCAUUCUCUCUUCCACUUGGACCAAUGCUGCCCACACUUGCAGGGUGUGCUCCGCACCCCUCAAGCCCCUGUUGCCCACCAGUGUGGACAUAAGGCAGCUUCCUGUGUUAGGGCCCCUCCAGACUGAUGUUCUUUCUGGUUGUGUUCUGCACCAUGUCAUUGACACAAUCGCAGUGCAUUCGUGGUGGAUUUAUACUGGACCGUCCACACUUCAUGAGUUCGUUCUGCAAUGCUUCCCCAGCGUUACUGCUGCCUAGAGGGGUACUCUUGUACUAUA